AUGUCCCGUGCUUCAGGCCCUGGGCCCGGGUGGUUACUCUUUUCCUUUGGAAUGGGACUGGUAUCGGGGUCAAGGUGUCCAAAUAAUUGUCAGUGUCAAGCCCAAGAAGUGAUCUGCACAGGGGUCCAGUUAACUGAAUACCCCUCUGACAUACCCCUGAACACCCGGAGGCUGUACCUGAAUGAUAACAGCAUCCGCUUUUUGCCAGCGAUGAAUCUAGGACUCCUCAGUGACCUUGUUUACUUGGACUGUCAGAAGAACCUGAUUCAGGAGGUGAUGGAUUAUACCUUCGUCGGGGUCUUCAAACUCAUCUACCUCGAUCUCAGCUUCAACAAUUUAACCUUGAUCUCCCCAUACAGUUUCUCCAUGCUCAGCAAUCUGGUGCAGCUGAACAUCUCCAGCAACCCUCAUCUGUUAUCACUCAACAAGUACACCUUUGCCAACACCAGCUCUUUGAGGUACCUGGACCUCAGAAAUACCGGCUUGCAGACCUUGGACCCUGCUGCCUUCCAUAACCUCAUAACACUCCAGACCCUGUAUCUGAGUGGAAACCCCUGGAAAUGCAACUGCUCUUUCCUGGACUUCACCAUCUACUUAAUAAUGUCCCCUGUGAACCAUCCAGAUGAACAAAAUGCCACGUGCCUGGAGCCCACAGAGCUGGCAGGGUGGCCCAUCACGAAGGUGGGGAACCCGCUCCGGUACAUGUGCAUCACGCACCUGGACCACCAAGACUACAUCUUCCUGCUGCUCAUCGGCUUCUGCAUCUUCUCCGCGGGCACCGUGGCCGCCUGGCUGACGGGCGUGUGUGCCGUGCUCUACCAGAAUGCCCGCCGCAGAUCGAGCGAGGAUGAGGCAGAGGACGAGCUCGGGCAGAGGGUAGAAGCCAGCAGGAGGAUUUUUCAAAGCAGGGUGGAGUCUGGCCAGGACGGGUUUCCUCAGCUGAUUUAG